AUGGAACAGCGAAUAUUGCGCAAACGGGUAUUGGAUGAUGAGCAGGAUGAUAGUUAUGUUGAAGUAGAUAACAUCUCUUUUACGAGCCUAGCCUGUUCUGACGACGAUGAUCUGCGUAUGUCUGUCCAGCAAAGCCCUGUCUUUUCCAAUUAUUCAGACUUUAAGUCAGCUUCGGAGCUUUCCCUCCACUGCUGCCAUAGGUAAGC